AUGCAGUUCGACCCGGAUGAAUUGAGGCCAUACGCCCAUAUCCACCGCUCGAUGCAGUGGUGUCUCGACAAGUUGAUCUCUGUACAAUCAACCGAGGCCCACUCCUUCACGGACCCUGUCAACACAAUCCUGGAGCUCGCGAUUGCAGAGGAGCAAGUGAUACGCCGGGUAUUUGCUCGCAACGACAGGUCUCAUCGCAAUGGUUCUGUCUUGCAUCACGCCGAGGGUCUCCUCAACGUCUUCGACCAAGUCCCAGACCAGGUCAAACGGGCUUUCCCCCGCCUAUCGAGUGAUCAGGAACCGGACGUACCAGUCGUCAUACAACCCGCCACUGGGCUUGUACACUCCUUUCCCCGCAAACAUCUCUUUGCCCUCCCCGAUGAUAUGAAAAGGGCCAAAGGAUCGCCCACCAUUGUCCCCGACAUGGCUGCGUUCCUGCAGAACUUCGACAUCUUCACCAAUCGCGCGUUUAUCAAUAUGCGGCAUUGGGACAACAUCGCUGUCGCCGGCGGGGCCGUCCUUGCUUGCAUGCAGCCAACAUCGUUUGACGCUUCGCCUUGGACUCCCUUGCAGGCAAACAUGUAUUUUGAAAACUUUUACCCUGACUCCGACGUGGAUCUUUUCAUUUAUGGUCUUAAUGCAGAGGAGGCCGAGGCGAGAAUGGUUGAAGUAUAUCAGGAUAUUACUUCGGCUCUCCUGCAACCAGCGAUUUGUGUUCGCAAGGCUGGUAACAUCACCAUUCGUGCCAAAGGCGUCAGGCCUAUUCAAAUUAUCCUUAGAUUAUACCAUGGUAUUUCAGAAAUAUUAUGCGGCUUUGACAUUGAUGCCGCGUGCUGUUUGUACGACGGUAUAACAAUCUACUAUUUCUCGUUGAUUGAAGAAAUUCUGACACGGAGACGCCAUUCAGGAACCAAUGUUUGGGCCAACAUCAGGUGCUUGAUGGCGUGCAUGCGGCAGGCUAAUACCAUUGACCUGUCACGCCGCUCUCCUUCUUAUGAAGUACGAAACCAAAAGUAUGGAAAACGCGGAUUUGAGGUGUAUAUACCAAGCUUACAACGAGAGCGGAUCGACGUCGCAUUUGUUUAUAAUCAGUGGAUACGUUAUUUUCCUCCGGGCUUGGUUCGCCUCUUCAUCUACGAGUAUUUAGGAGUCGACCCCUUCUACUAUGUUAACCUUCACUAUCCGGGAAAACGGAUUCGAAGAGCUCGGGUACUCUUUGGGCGGGUGAUGGAUUUUACGCCGGUAGAGAAUAGCUCAUAUGAUAGAGUUUGGGCUCGUCUUCCUGGGGUCGACUUCUCUGCCGACGAGAUCGUCCGUCAUAUCGAUAACAUGAACGUGUUGAUGAAUUCACCCUACAAACAAAGCAAGUAUCAACGCCGCAUUCAUCGCCAUUUUAUUUCGUAUGGGACGAUGCAACAGUGCAUCAACGGGAUCAAUUGUAUAAACUGUCCGCCUCCAGUAACUGACGAAGAAAAGAACAUUGUACAAGAAGAGUCGACACGAUAUAUUAGAGGCAGAAUCAGCUUCAUUGAAGAUAAUCCAGGUCGGCAAUUUGUAGGAAGCUUCAGCCCGAUCACCGAAGGCGAUUGGGAGGUCAAUGCCUAUCGCCAGUUUGGACCUGUGGAACCACCGUCGUCGUUGGCAAGGCAUUUCACUAAUUGGGGGACAUUGCGCCGUCUCUUCAAUCCUUGA